AUGGCGCUGCCCAGCUCGGACACGGAGGAGCUGCUGGAAGCACCGCAGGGCAGCCACAGCACGCUUGGCACGCCCUUCUCGCGCCGCGUGGCGAUGGUGCUGGGCGGGAUAAGCCUGGUAGCUCUGGCACUGAUGUCACAGAGAAGCCCUCGUGGACUUCGCAGUAAGAUGAGUGGCUUUGUCGGACUGGCUGACAACUGCUUAGAGAUGGGCAUGUUCUAUGCCGACCCGCAUAAGAUGGAGAAUACGGAAAGGACCGUGGAGACCACGGCGGAAAGUUGCCAGCAACGGUGCGUCAACACGCCAGCGUGCGAGCACUUCACUUUCUGGCCUGACGGUGGAUGCCUGCUGACUGAUGCAUCGUCUACGGCCAAGGCUGCUCCUUAUCAGUAUUCCGACACCGUUUCCGGGCCAGCUUUCUGUGGAGGACGACCAGCUGUUGAUGGCGUGAUGCCUGCUGCGGAGGCCAGUGUCGGUACGGAUGUGUCCACUGACAGCAUGACGUCUGAACCUACUCCUGUUUUGCCUGGCAUCAACGGUACGAGCUGCUCCGCAUAUCCUGCCUGUAUGGCUGUGGGAAUCAAUCAGGGCUCAUGUUGCCCAAAUGAUGACAACGUGCUCUUGGGCUGCUGCAACGGCUUCCCACCGCCACUUACGAAGGCUUUGCCGAUCAUGCCGGGUGCUGAGUGCACCCUGUUCCCUGGCUGCGCCAACGUCACAGGGUCCUGCUGCCCAGCUGCCGAUGGCACUAGACUGGCUUGCUGUGAUGCCCCGCUUAUCUAG